CCACACUGGUUAAUCGAUCCAUCGAUACAACAGGAAUGUGGAGUUGUUUGAACACUUAAACCCCCCCAUGUAACGCUCCAGCACAGACUGAACACCGCUCAUUUACCGCAACACUUUAGAGACUCUUACGCUCAACAAGUAAAUGCCAGAUUAGUAGUUUCUCAAUUAAAUUCUCCCAAGGAAUUAAGACAUCGUGGUCUAUUCCAGCGAGUGUAUCUCCAUACCGGUAACUCAGUUCUGCAAACAGGGUUUGUAAAAUCCGGAGUUGUUUUGAAGCGAGGGACAAGCGGAGUCUCUGGGAUUGGAUUGGAUGGUCAGGGGCUGGCGGGCCAUGGAGCUGUUGCUGGGGUGGCUGUGUGCGGCGCUGUGGCUCUCUCUUCCCUCGCUCUCACGAGGCAGCCCACUCUACGUGUUAUCGGCUCCUAACCUCCUGAGGGUGGGUGGCCCAGAGAGGGUGUUUGUGGAGGCGCAGGACUACACUGGCGAUGCCUUUGAUGUCACACUCACUGUGAAAGACUACCCACGCAAGACCACAGAGCUCGUCCGCAACACUCUCCAUCUCAGUCCAGAUAAUAACUAUCAAAAACUGGCAGAAAUUACAAUCCCAUUUGGAAAUGAUGUGCUUGUGGAGGACGACACCCUGAACCAGUACGUCUACCUGCAAGCCCAGUUUCCAGGUCACCUGCUGGAGAAAGUGGUGUUGGUCUCCUUUCAGUCUGGAUACGUUUUUGUGCAGACAGACAAGACCAUAUACACACCUUCAAGCACAGUUCUGUACAGAAUCUACACCCUGAGUCCUUCUCUGAAGCCCUCUGAAAAGCAAAUUACAGUGGAUGUUAUGAAUCCGGAGGGAACUGUCGUAAAUCAGGAGGCUUUCACCCCACAAAAAGGCAUUUGCUCGGGAGUGUACAAAAUUCCUGACUUCGCCAGCACUGGGACAUGGACAAUUGUAACAGGAUUCAAGGGCACCACGAAAAACAACUUCUCUUAUGAAUUUGAGGUGAAGCACUAUGUUCUACCCCGAAUUGAAGUAAUGUUGACACCACAAAAGUCCUACUUUUACAUCGAUGAUGAGGAACUGAGAGUGAAUAUCAGUGCCAGGUACUUGGAUGGGUCGGAGGUGACGGGAGUUGGGUUAGUGGUGUUUGCGGUGCAGGGUGCAGAGUCAGAUAAGAGGAAGGUGGACUCAACACAGAGAGUGGAGAUUGAUGAGGGGAGAGGACAUGCAGUGUUGAGUAGGCAGCACCUGCAGCAGAUGACCUCCAGCUCCACUGACCUCCUCCAGCUGACUGGGGCCUCAAUACAUGUGAAGGUCACUGUGCUGACCCACACAGGCCACGAAAUGGCGGAGGCCAACCUAGAUGGCAUUCGGGUAGUCAGCUCUCCGUAUGUUAUUCGUUUCGAAAGGACCCCCAAGUACUUCAAGCCAGGAAUGCCAUUCACAUGUCUGAUUUCUGUGGACAAUCCUGAUGGCUCACCAGCAGGGGGCGUCCAAGUGGAGAUCACAGACAGGAAGUCAGAAGCCAUCAGUGGCAUCACAGAGCGCAAUGGCCUGGUGAAGCUAACUGUUAAUACCGACACUAAAGACUCUGUGCUGCUACUCAGCGCAUCUACCAAGGCCCCUGGUCUCACCGAUGCUCAACAGGCCAGAGCGGACAUGACAGCAUUACCGUAUGUGUCCAAGGGACGUUCCAAGAAUUACCUGCACAUUGGUUUGGAUGCAGCAGAGCUGACCAUCGGAGAUCAACUCAAGAUCAACCUGAACCUGAGAGGAAGUCCUGGAGCCCAGAAUAAUGACUUCACGUACCUAAUACUGAGCAAAGGGCUGUUGGUGAGUGUAGGGAGGUUGAGGAGACAGGGCCAGGAGAUGAUAUCCUUGUCCUUACCAGUGACCAAGGAGAUGGUCCCCUCCUUCCGUAUCGUGGCCUACUACCACGUGGGCUCAUCUGAGGUGGUGUCUGACUCAGUCUGGGUGGACGUGAAGGACACCUGCAUGGGAACGGUGAAAGUGGAGGCAUCUCAGCAAACAUACUCCCCUCGUCAGCACUUCAGCCUGACCAUUACUGGAGACCCAGGGGCCAGAGUGGGUCUGGUGGCCGUGGAUAAGGGAGUCUACGUCCUCAACAACAAGCACAGACUCACCCAGAGCAAGAUUUGGGACACUGUUGAUAAACUCGAUAUCGCCUGCACUGCUGGCAGUGGUAAAGACAGUAUGGGGGUUUUCUAUGAUGCUGGACUGAUGUUUCAGACCAACACUGCAGGUGGAACUGACCCAAGGACAAGUACUCACUGUCCCUCACAUGUCAGAAGGCAACGAUCACUCAAAGGUAAGGACCAAAUUUUAUUUACCAGUGUGUCCUCCAGUCAGCUGGGCUUUGUGGCCGAUGCCAUUACUAGCUGGGCCAUUACAGCUAUUAGCCUUUCUGAAGCCACGGGUAUGUGUGUAGCUCCUGCCCUGGAUAUAGGCAGUACUAAGCAUUUUUCCCUGGACUUGAAGGUGCCUCACCACUCAAAAUGCAAUGAGCAGCUGGAGAUUGUAGCCAUUCUGCACAACUUGGAAGACAGUGACAUACAGGUGCAGUUGAAGUUAGUUGAGACGAGACGGAUGUGCAGCCUGGCCACGGACAGGGGAGGGUACCGCACCACGGUGGAGCUGAGGGCCGGGGGCACCAGGGCAGUGCCCUUCGUCAUCGUCCCCAUGGAGAUCGGAGAGCAGACCGUGGAGGUAAUGGCCGUAUCCGCUGACGCCAGGUACACUGAUGGUGUAAGAAGAAACAUCAACGUCCUGCCAGCUGGUGUUCUGAGAAAGAAAGUUGUGAACAUGGACCUGAAUCCCUUGAAUUCUGGAGGGUUCUUCACGUCUGUGAUUGGACCGGAACUGACCACUGCUGGUGACAAGAUACCAAAUAUGCCUGUUCAUCAUCUGAUAACUGCACAAGCCCACCACCUGACCCCCCGUAUGGAGGGAGUCCUCAGUGGGGAGACUCUCGCCCCUCUGCUGCGACGGACUGGCUUUGGCGGAGGGGAGCAGGACCUGGUUACUCUGGCAACGCCCCUCAUCGCCAUCUACUACCUGGACCGGACCCAGCAAUGGCUGGAGGGAAGGACAGAGGCAGUGAGAGCCAUCGGCGCAGGAUACCAGAAGCUGCUCUCUUACCGGAAACUGGAUGGGUCGUAUAGUGCCUAUAAAACCACACACAGCAGCACUUGGCUGACUGCUUUUGUGGCCAAAGCAUUCUCCAUGGCCAGUGGCAUUGCCAGCAUUGAUGGGAACAUGAUCUGCAGUGCUCUCUUGUGGCUCUCCACACACGUGCAGAAUCCAGAUGGAAGUUUUAGAGAGCCGUCCCCUGUCCCAUACACAGUUUCUAGCACUGGCAAUGUGUACGGGAGGGACAGGGAUGCCUCCCUUACGGCCUUUGUGCUGAUAGCCAUGCAGGAGACUCCCGCAGCUCUCUGUACUGAGAAGAUCAUUUCCAACAGUAAAGCGAGAGCAGCACAUUACCUGGGCCUUAGGAUCCAUACUCUGACCAAUCCCUACGCGGUUGCCAUGGUGUCCUAUGCCCUCGCCAACGCCGGUGUCCUGAGGCAAGACAUCCUCUUGAGGCAGGCCUCAGCAGGUGGUUUCAACUGGCCAGUCCCCGGCAACCACCUCUUCACUCUGGAGGCCACAGCCUACGCCCUGCUGGCCCUGGUGAAGGCCAAGGAGUUUGAGAAAGCAGCACCCAUCGUGAAAUGGCUGAAGUCACAGCAGAAAUCUGGAGGGGGCUAUGGAUCCACACAGGCCACCCUCAUGGUGUACCAGGCCCUGGCGGAGUACACUGCUCAGGGCAGGCAGCAGCAGACGGACACCUCCCUGGAGGUCACCCUCAACAUGGCGGACCGGACAAGACCUCUCACUUGGACCUUCACACGGGCACGCGCUCUCAGGCGACACUCUGUCAAGCUCAGACUGGACGAAAACGUGACAGUAACUGCCAGAGGAAAUGGACGAGGGUCUCUUUCGGUGAUAACAAUGUACUACUCUAUGCCGAGUGAACAGGAAGGGCCAUGUCAUAAAUUUCAGCUGAAUCUGACUUUCCAGGAACUACCUCAAGGUUCCCGUGAAGAGGCAUCAGCGAACUAUUUACUUACAAUUGACAUCUUGUACCAGUCCAAUGACCGCGAAUCCACCACUGCUAUCUUGAAUAUUGGGAUUCUGACAGGAUAUGUUAUACAUGCAGAAGAUCUGAAGAAGUUGGCCACAGGUAGAACAUGGAAAAUGGAUGAGAAGUCCAGUUCACAAGGCAACAUGGUCAUUUAUCUAAACGAGGUCAAUGAUCAGAGGCCUGAGCGGAUUACUUUUCGACUGCGCAGAGUGGUUAAUGUGGAUCUGUUGCAACCGGCAGGGGUCUCUGUGCGGGACUACAACUCCCAUGGUCAGUGUGACUACAACUCCCAUGAGGAGUGUUUGAAGUUCUACCAUCCAGAGAAGGCAAAUGGCACCCUUGGCUUGAUCUGCCAGCAGCAUGUCUGCAAGUGUGCAGCAGAGAGCUGUGGUGUGCAGAUGAAGCAGGUGGCAGAGGAUGUGUCCAGGCAUGAGGUGGCCUGCAGGCUGUUCAGGGAUUAUGUUUACAAAGUCACUGUGGAGGCUGUGAAUCUGUCCAGCUGGAUCGACACCUAUCACUUGAGAGUGAAACUGGUGGUCAAACCAGGCACAGAUGACAUUGUGGAGGAAGACAUUCGCCAGUUUCUGUCUCUCCCUCAGUGUAGACAGGGGUUGGAUCUGACCGAAGGCAAAACAUACCUGAUCAUCGGCCGUUUGCCUGAUCUCAUGAAGGUCAAUGAAAGGUACCAGUACGUGCUGAGCAAACACACCUGGAUUGAGUACUGGCCAACAGAGAGUGAGGGAGAAACCUCUGAGUUCAAGUCCAAGUAUAUGGCCAUUGAGCAGUUUUCUAAUGAACUCAGGCAUAUCGGAUGUCAGUUGUAACAAUUGUAUAUAUAAACCAUGUAAAGAAAGGUUGUAGUGCUGACUUUUGUUGUUCCUAAAUCAGUAAUUUUCCAUAACAUAAGAUUUGAAUUGCCUUUGGAGCUGUGUUAAUUGUGGUGAAGAUUAAAUAAGCAAGUUCUGUAAUUAAGGACCUGUAACUUUACUUACUUUGAAGGUGUUAGUAAAG